UCACGUGUUACAGCAGGACAGAAGAGGAGAGAAGUAGUGAAAUAUUGCUCAUAUUGGGUUAACAAAAACAUAACUGGGCCAGCUGCGUACAAACGAAUCCUUUGAAAGUAAAAGGCUAUUUUUUCCCUCAAUUUUUUUUUGUAGAGUUGUGAUGGCGGCGGUCGACAGCUUCAAGCUUUUGUAUAGAGAAAUUGCCAGAUCAUGCAGUUGUUAUGUAGAAACACUGGCACUGGUGGGUGCAUGUUACACAGUCAGCAAAGCUGUUGUAUUUGUGAGGGACUGUUAUAGCCUGAUAAGGCAUCACUUUAUUCCUCGUCUUGUUUGCCAUAGAGAUCUGAGUCAGCAGUAUGGACAAUGGGCUGUCAUUUGUGGUGCUUCAGAGGCAGUAGCAAAAGCAUAUGCAGAAGAACUGGCCAGACAUGGCAUCUCUGUGAUUCUGAUCAGCAAUGACAUCAGUAAUGUGGCUGACACUGCCAAGGCUAUCACAGACACUUACGGGGUAGAGGCCAUUCUAAUUGAGGCCGAUUUCUCCCAGGGGCCCUCUGCCUGCAAACCUAUCAAAGAUGCUAUCUGCGGUAAAGACGUUGGAUUCAUCAUUAACAGUCUGGAUGGGUCUCUGAGUCUGGACCUCUCUCAAGACUUUAUGGACCUCUCUGAAGCUAGAGUGUGGGACACUAUGAAUAGAAAUAUAGUAGCUGCCACUCUUGUGACCCGCCUGGCACUGCCCACUAUGGUAGAGUGUGGAAAAGGAGCAGUGGUCAACAUUUCCAUUGGGGGCUGCUCGCGUCCGACUCCUAGAAAAGCUGCCCUCUCUGCGUCUACGGCCUUUCUUGAUAACUUCAGUUGUGCUCUGAAUUAUGAAUAUGGACAUCGAGGAAUCUUCGUGCAAAGUUUGCUGCCUUUUAGAGUUGCAUCUCAAAGAUCUGAGGGCUCCGGUGUUGCUAGCUGGCUGGUGCCAAGUCCUCAAGUGUACGCAAGCCAUGCUCUUUCAACACUGGGUGUCUCUCACAGAACUACAGGAUACUGGCCUCACACCAUGCAGUUUCGACUGGUGCAGUGCAUCCCAGAGUGGGCAUGGAUACUGGGAUCUCGUGUGUUUACACAGGCCAUCUGAGAGGAUCUCUUGCUUCUGAUGUGGAAAAACUUUCUGGUUCUUGAAAUUGGUUUUGCAGAGUUCAGUUUUACAUUGACCAAACGUAGUACACCAGUACUUUGAUUUGACCAUCAUUGUAGAUGAAUGAUGAAAGUGUGUUGAAACCACUCACUCUUUACCCUAUUAUAAUGAGUUCUGAGUUUAAGACCUCAGAAUUCCAGUAUAUUUAUUUGCACAAUAUGUUUGGUGGAGUGUUCUAAGUGGUGUGGAUCAUGGUUUUAAAGCUACAUUAGACUGACAAUUCUGUAAUGUUUUUGCACUGUUGUUUUUUAAACUUUAAUCCACUCCUUAUACAUUUGCAAAGAUCACAUAUUUAAAGGAAUAUUCUGGGUUUAAUACAAAUUAAGUUCAGUCGACAGUAUUUGUGGCAUAAUAUUGAUUACCACAAAAAUGUAUUUAAAAUUUGCCUUUUCUUUAAAAAAGCAAAAAUCUGGCUUACAGUGAGGCACUUACAAUGGAAGCAAUUGGGGCCAUUUUUGAAUGUUAAAGUACUCCCUUUUCAAAAAUAUAGCCAUAAGACAAACAGUAUGCAAUAUGCAAUAUGCAUGGCCUCACCAACUUCCAUUGUAAGUGCCUCACUGUUAACUUUUUCUUUUCUUUUUUUAUAAAGGAAGGAUGAGUUGAAAGUAAUUUUUGUAGUGAUCAACAAUAUGCCCCAAAUGCUGUCAUCUUAACUUGUAUUAAACCCAGAAUAUUCCUUUUAAAAAAUGGGAACACUUUACAAUAAGGUUGUGUUCGUUAACUACAUUAGUUGUUUUGAGUUAACAAUAAGAAACACUUUUAAAGCACUUAAUAAUGUUGGUUAACGUUAAUGUCAACAUAUACAAAUACAUUUGUAACAUUAAAAGGUGUAUAUGUUAACAUAAAUAUAUUAUUAACUAACAUGAACUAUAAUGAACAAUAGUGUAAGUUAACAUGAAUCAGGAUUAAUAAAUAUGUAAAACAAAAUGUUCAUUGUUAGUUCAUGAUACCUAAUAUAUUAACUAAUAUUAUCCUAUACAAACUUAUUGUAAAUUUUACUGAAAGAAAUAUAUUUAAUAAAUAUAGUAUUUAUUUGAACUUCUAGGGUUUUUCAAAUAUACUGGCUAUACUCUGCAGUGACUUAUUUUUUAAUAUAUAUAAUGUAUGUAUAUGUUUAACAUUGUGUAAGCAGUGGUUGGUUAUUGCAUUGAUACUCAUUUAGCAAUUGAAACUAUGAAAUCAUCAAUAAAAAGCCUACUACAAUCUAA